UUGACAGUGACGUGACGCGCUCGGCAAGCAUGUUAUGUUUGUGAUUAGAGUUUUGAAAAAUAUGAUAAGAAUAUUCUAUUUCUGAUAAUUCUAUAGGAUUAAAUACAUAGUUAUUUACUGCAUUCAAGUUGACUGAUUAAUAUAAUAUUAAAGAUGUCGGAGGAAGUGAUAAAACAUUCGGUACACACAUUAGUGUUCCGAUCUUUGAAACGUUCUCAUGAUAUGUUUCUAUCAAACCAAGGAUUGUUACCGCCGAUAGAUGAAAAAGCAGAGAAAGUCCUAAAAGGAGUCAAAGCCCGCGACAGCUAUGGCCAAGUUAUGGAUACAGUACAGUUAGCGCAGGCAGUGAAACAACACGAAGCGAGAAAUCAACCAGAUUUACCACCUGAAAUGGCUGCAGAAAUAGCAGAAACAGCAUCUAUAGCAUCAGACACAGCUCUCCUGCCGUUCACUGGUCCAGCCCCCGCGGCUGCCCCACCAACCGGAGCUUCAAGUGCAUUAGCAGUACCCCGCAAGCCCCCAGCGAUGCCCAAACCCAAGUGGCAUGCGCCCUGGAAGCUGUUCCGAGUUAUAUCUGGACAUCUUGGUUGGGUCAGAUGUGUGGCGGUUGAACCUGGCAAUGAGUGGUUUGCCACAGGUGCCGCGGACAGAGUGAUCAAGAUUUGGGACUUAGCAAAUGGUAAACUAAAGGUGUCACUCACAGGACACGUCAGUACUGUCAGAGGUUUGGAGGUAUCUUCAAGGCAUCCAUACUUGUUCAGCUGUGGUGAGGACAGACAAGUCAAGUGCUGGGAUUUAGAAUAUAAUAAGGUUAUCCGUCACUACCAUGGUCACCUGUCUGCAGUAUACACGAUCUCUCUUCACCCUACCAUCGACGUGUUGGUGACGGCGGGGCGGGACGCGACCGCGCGCGUGUGGGACAUGAGAACUAAAGCUAACGUGCACACACUCACCGGACACACCGAUACUAUCGCCUCGCUAGCUUGCCAGGCGGCUGAGCCACAGAUUAUAACCGGCUCCCACGACUCAACAAUCCGUCUCUGGGAUCUCGCAGCGGGCAAAUCGAUGUGUACCCUCACGAACCAUAAGAAAUCAGUCCGUUCCAUCGUCGUCCACCCCACACUGUACACCUUCGCGUCAGCUUCACCUGACAACAUUAAACAGUGGAAGUGCCCUGAGGGCAAGUUCAUACAGAACCUGUCCGGACAUAACGCGAUCGUCAACUGUAUGGCGGUGAACCCAGAGGGCGUGCUCGUCAGUGGAGGGGAUAACGGAACUAUGUACUUCUGGGAUUGGAGGACGGGAUAUAACUUCCAGAGAUUGCAGGCGGCAGUCCAGCCCGGUUCCAUGGACUCGGAAGCGGGUAUCUUCUCGAUGACGUUCGACCAGUCGGGCUCGCGCCUCAUCACGACGGAGGCCGACAAGACCAUCAAGAUAUACAGAGAGGACGACACCGCGUCCGAGGAGACACACCCCAUCAACUGGCGCCCCGAGAUAUUGAAGCGUAGGAAGUUCUAAUAGGGUUAAUAAAGUAUUUUGCAGUUUU